CGUUUCAAACUGAAGCCUUUGCAAAGUGUUAAGGCUGUUUUCAAAAGCUUCAAUUUUGCCCAUCAGAUCAGCCUUGGCUGCAUCCCAACUCCUGCACAGCCCUAUGUGCUGAUGGAAACCCCCCACGACCAGAGCCUGAGCAAAAAAACACAGAAAGUGCUGAGAAGGCUCCAGAAGUGGUUUCAGCAACUUUUCAAGUUUGGGAGAUCAUCAAGACUUUGCCAGUGAUGCUAACAAUAAUUGCCUCUGUGGAAAGUGACUAAAACCAAACAGAAGGAAAGAGGACAAACAUGCAAUUGAGAGGGACAGAAAGAGAUGUCUCACCUGUCAUCUUUGCUGUAGUGAAGCUUUUGCAGGGCUUACUGGGAAACUAAAAUGGCUGAGGUUUCACAUAUUGCUUAGGUGAAGUCCCUUUUCAGCCCCUUUUGAAGUACCCCUGGUAUCAGCGAGCAGCUCCAGAGGCUGGGACAGUAGGUGGGAGGAAGGAACAUCAGCGAAGGUGUCUUGCUCCUGGAACAGCUCCUUGCACAUCAGCUAGCACCAGGCCAUUUCAUCUCCCACUGGAGUGUUCCUCAGUGCUGGGGGCUGAGCCAGCACAGCCCCCACUGCAGCAGGCACCUCUCAGCCGCCGGACGAGAUGGCCGCCCUCAUCGCUGAGAACUUCCGCUUCCUCUCCUUGUUCUUCAAGAGCAAAGACGUGAUGAUUUUCAAUGGUUUGGUGGCCCUGGGCACGGUGGGGAGCGAGGAGCUCUUCUCAGUCGUUGCCUUCAACUGCCCCUGCUCCCCUGCCCGCAACUACAUCUAUGGGCUGGCUGCCAUCGGUGUCCCGGCCCUGGCCCUCUUCCUCAUUGGUGUCAUGUGGAACAACCACACCUGGAACUUGGUGGCCGAGUGCCACAAGCGCGGCACCAAGAACUUCUCUGCUGCUGCCACCUUCCUCCUCUUCGGCUCCAUCCUGGGCAGGGCAUCCGUGGCACCCAUCACUUGGUCGGUGAUCUCUCUGCUGCGUGGGGAAGCGUACAUCUGUGCCCUCAGCGAGUUUGUCAAGCCAUCCUCCCUGGACAAGUUUCCGGCUGAGUACGGGGCCGAGGUGCUGGCCAAGUUCCCCUGUAGAGACGUCCCUGCAAACCUCACCAAGUCCAGGGACGAGGUGACACGGAGGCUGAGAUACGAGUCCCAGCUCUUCGGCUGGCUGCUCAUCGGCAUCGUUGCGGUCCUGGUUUUCCUCACCAAGUGCCUGAAGCACUGCUGCUCGCCGCUGAGCUACCGGCAGGAGGCCUACUGGGCCCAGUACCGCUCCAACGAGGACAAGCUCUUCCGACGCACGGCCGAGGUCCACUCCAGGAUCCUGGCAGCCAAGAAUGUGAAACAGUUCUUUGGCUUUGUGGCACUGGACAAGGAGGAGAAGGAGCUGGUGCAGGAGUUCCCGGUGGAGGGCGUGCAGCCGAGCCCCCAGUGGAAUGCCAUCACAGGCGUCUACAUCUACCGAGAGAACAAGGGCUUCCCCCUCUACAGCCGCCUCCACAAAUGGGCCAAAGGGGUGGAGGGGAACGGGCCAACCCCAGAAGGCCACGAACUGCUGUUUUUAGCUUCCUGAGGCAGAUGUGCACCCCACUUCCCCAGACUGCCUGUAUCGGUGCUCAGCUGAGGGAUGCACUGGGAACAUUCCUCCUGGCAGGAUGACUUCUCUCAGCAGGUAAACAGGAAUCAACAGCCUCAAGGCAGAGACUGAUAAGCAACACCCCGAGCUGGGGAACCCCUCCCUUGGAGACAACAGUCACACUGAUGUUCCCAGAGACACAGGGGAGCAAAUAGCAGAUGCUGGGCAGGUCCCAGAGCACUUUACAGACUUUACAGGCUUCUUUUGCAGGCAAAAGAAGGAAGCAGUGGGUAAAUUUCUGUCUUGGUUUGAAAGGCAGGUAUCUGAUAAGGAAAGCACGAGCCUCUCUUGAAGUGGAAAAUGUAACUCCCCUUCCCUCCAAAUUAUUAUAAUUUUGAAAUUAAGGAGUUUUCAGGCAAAGAUAU